ACGCCCGGUACAACAAAACUCCCCACAGUUUCUGGUUGAUGCUAUAAUAGUUCCAAAAAUUUGCAGUAACGUUCCUAAUGUUGCUCUACACACUUCGUCGUGGUCUCAUAUUGUCAAUUUGAAACUGGCUGAUGAACAAUUUCACACUCCUGGAGAAAUUGAUAUGUUAUUGGGUGCCGACCUCUUUCCGCUUAUUUUUGACUCUGAGUGUAUACAGGGUGGCGCAAAUGAACCAACCGCAAUAAAAACAAAAUUUGGAUGGAUUCUAAUGGGGAAGGUAGCAAUCAAAUCACAUCAAAUCGACCAAAACAUAAACUCGUUUCACUUGACAAUGGAGCAAGCCGAAUUAAAUGAAUCGGUUAAAAGAUUUUGGGAAAUAGAGGAACCUCCUAAUAGUCAUAAUUCUUCUCAAUCGUCAGAGGACAGAUUGGUGGAAGAAACGUUUGAAUCAAAACAUUAUCGCGAUAAUUCUGGCCGCUUUGCAGUUCCUUUAUUCUUCAAAUCUAAUGAAAAUUCAUUGACUUUUCCGGGUUCAUUCUCCAUCGCAUUACGUCGUUUUUUGUCAUUGGAACGCCGACUUAUUCAAAAUCCAUCACUAUACACUGAAUACGUGACAUUUAUGCAAGACUAUCUUUCUUCUGGUCACAUGCAAGCAUCUACAUCGUCCUCAUCUAUCGGCUAUUACAUCCCACAUCAUUCUGUAAUCCGGAUGGAUAGCCCAACAACCAAACUCCGGGUCGUCUUUGARGCUAGUUGUAAGUCUGCAAGUGGAAUUUCUCUCAACGACUCCCUGUUGGUUGGCCCUAAAUUGCAAAGCGAUCUCUUCCAAAUUCUCGUCCGGUUUCGUUUUCACUCACAUGUACUCAUUGCUGACAUUCGCCAAAUGUUUCGCCAGAUUCUGAUUCUUCCAGAACACCGCCAUUUUCAAAAGAUUCUUUGGCGRUUCGCGCCUACUGACCCUAUUCAAGAGUUCCAGUUAAAUACAGUAACAUAUGGAAUAGCUUGUUCGCCAUAUUCAGCCAUUCGCGUUAUUAAGAYACUGGCUGAGUCAGAUACAGAAUCUGCCUUUCCGCAAGCUUCUCGUAUAUUGUCUGAAGACAUUUAUGUUGAUGACAUCAUUACUGGCUGUCCUUCAAUUGAAGAAGGUCUUCAGAUUCGCAACGAACUUAUAACUUUAUUAGAUCGUGGUGGCUUUCAAUUGCGCAAGUGGGCCAGUAAUGCUCCGGAAUUGUUGGACGGAAUUCCUCCUGAAUUUUGUAAUACUCACCCUCUCAAUUUUGAUCAGGAAUCAAAUUCWUUUAUUAAGAUUUUAGGCCUCAAAUGGGACCCACUAAGUGACUGUUUUGCUUAUCAAAUUACCCCUUCUAAGCACUCGUGCACCAAACGUUCAUUACUCUCUGAAUUAGCUCGAAUUUUCGAUCCGGUGGGUUUCCUGGCACCUCUCACAUUUUUCGCCAAGCGUAUGAUCCAAUAUUUAUGGACUCUCGGACUCAGUUGGGAUGAUGCUCCUCCUGCUGACGUGGUAGCUCGAUGGUCCGAAUUUACCUCACAAAUGUCAUGCCUAACUGAAUUGCAUAUUCCUCGCAAGGUAACCCCGAAUGAGACUGUUUCUUGUUGGCUUCAUGGAUUUUCUGAUGCGAGUGAAGCUGGUUAUGCAGCCGUUGUUUACUUAAGAACCAUCUCUUUAACUCAACAAGUCAAUGUCAAACUGUUAUGUGCUAAAUCCAAAGUUGCUCCUUUAAAGAGGAUUUCUAUUCCCAGACUUGAAUUGUGCGCCGCUUUGCUGUUAUCAAAGCUAAUGGAGAGUGCAAUCGCUACACUGAAUGGUACGAUUAAAAUCAAUGGAAUUUUUGCAUGGACAGAUUCCACUGUGGUUUUGAAUUGGGUUCGUUCUUCUCCACACACAUGGAAAACCUUUAUGAGCAACAGAGUAGCUCAAAUUCAAAACGUGAUUCCUGGUUCAUCUUGGUAUCAUGUGUCAUCUUCAGAAAAUCCCGCAGAUUGUGCAAGUCGUGGAUUAGCUCCUAGGUACCCAGCUAGUCUCACAUCCUUUAUGGUGGGCGGGACCUCCAUGGCUUCUUGAUCCUAAGAACGAAUUUGACUCGUCUUCUCCAUUAUUAGACCUUCCCUCAGAGGCACAACAAGAAAUGCGAAAAUUUGUAUUGGUCUCAGAAAUCAAUUUUGACAUUAUUGACACGCUCUUAAAUAAAUUCUCAUCUUUACACAAAAUCAAGGCUAUCAUUGCAUGGUGUCUUCGUGUUGCUGAUUACGCUCGCCAUAGAACCCGUCGCCCUCUGUCAUUAACAGAAAUUGAAUUGCAAAAUGCUCUACACAUUCUCAUAAAACAUGUUCAAGCUUAUCAUUUUGCAGACGCAAUCGAAACUUUGCCUGACAAGGUGCGUUCUAAGCAUUUUCGUAAAUUGUCGCCUUUCAUAGAUUCUCAGGGACUUCUUCGUGUUGYAGGACGUCUUAUGCACGCAGAUUUAGGCUACGACGCAAAACAUCCCAUUUUAUUACCCUCUAAUCAUCGCUUAACUGACCUUAUAAUUGAAGACAUGCAUCGUCGUCAUCUUCACCCUGGUACUCAAACUCUACAGUAUCUCUUGCAACAACAAUUCUGGAUUUUAGGCGCUAAAAGACGUAUAUCACGCGUAAUUUCCCAUUGCUAUCGUUGUUGGCGUCUUAACCCAAAACCUAUUCAACCUCCAAUGAGUGACUUACCUAAACUUAGAGUUUCUCAAAUAAAGGCCUUUGCGUGUGUUGGUGUUGAUUUUGGGGGGCCAUUUCACAUUACUAUGGGAAAAUAUCGUGGUUGCAAGUCUCAAAAAUGCUACAUUUGCCUUUUUGUAUGUUUCACUACAAAGGCGCUACAUCUCGAAUUGGCAACGGACUUGUCAACCGAAGCGUUUUUACGCGCAUUGAAACGCUUUAUAGCUCGUCGGGGCAGGCCGACAUAUAUCUUUUCUGAUUGCGGUACUAAUUUUGUAGGGGCUGCAAAGGAACUGAAUUCUUUAAUGGAAGGAGCUGUAGUAGCCGAACGCUUAGAAUGGCAUUUCAAUCCUCCCUCUGCCCCUCACUUUGGUGGGCUCUGGGAGGCCGGAAUAAAAUCUGUAAAAGGGCAUUUAGCUCGGGUCAUCGGAGAACAAAUCUUAACAUAUGAAGAACUCUAUACUGUUCUUACGCAAAUUGAAGCACUAGUUAACUCGCGGCCGCUCUGUCCUCUUAGUUCAGACCCUAAUGAUUUAUCGGUGCUAUCGCCAGGACAUUUCUUAACUCUUGAGCCCGUCUCCGCAUUGCCAGAUGUUGAUUUGAGCCACUUAAAAACCAAAUUUUUGCAUCGUUGGCAGCUUUUACAGCGUCUUCACCAGGAUUUUUGGUUUUGGUGGCAUCACGAAUAUCUUCAAACGCUACAACAACGCGGUAAAUGGUUGUCUCCAUCUUAUAAUUCUGUUGCUUUGGGAGAUAUGGUUGUAAUUAAAAAUGAAUUAUUGCCACCGGCCCAAUGGAAAUUAGCUCGUGUCCUCCAGACGCAUCCUGGUGCAGACGGAAUUGUUCGCGUCGUUACAUUGCGCACUUCACAAGGAGAAAUAAAGCGACCAGUGGUAAAAAUUUGCCCUUUGCCAAUGUCUCCGCUUGCUUAAUAAUAAUUAAAACUCUCGUUUUAGGUGGGCGGAAUGUCGCGUCCUUAUUUUCUCAUAAUAAUUUAUAAUUUGUAUUUAGUUAAUUUAAAGAGAGCGUUGACAUUCGGCCCUAGUUUCGGUUGUUAAGAAAAACAAAAUGUUUUAUGUUAAAAAACAAGGUUUCGGUUUAUGUUGGUUUUUUCGUGUGAAUUAUUUGUAUUUGUUGGAAUCACUCGUCUUGAAACUAGAAAGUGAUAAUAUUGGAAAUUGCUCAGCAGAACCGCAGAUUUUAAAGAAUUAGUGAAGAUUCCUAUCAUCCCAACCUCUUUCCCUUCCUUUCCUAUUUUCCUACCUCAUCCUUUUGGUUGGAUUCUACGUGGGAGCACUCAAAGGCUCCCACUUGGCCUUGAAAUAGUCCCCGGCGACAGCCUCCCCCAAACCGUACUUCUUCACAAACUCCUUCAAAGACCACUUCAACCUGUGAGCCCUCGACAACUUCAAACUCCUCGGCUCGUCAAACGUCAAUCUCCCCUUUUGCUCGUACACCAAAAAGAUGUACCUGUGAAAACCGGUGUCUUUGGGGGGCCCCGAGCCGAAAUACUCCGCAAUAACGUCCCCGGAGCUGACGUCGCCCCCUUGAAUGUUCCCCACGAGCCAGUGUUUGACAUCGGCGAACGAAGGAUCGCUUCUUGAGGGGGCGUCUGGGUCGAACAUGACGAGAGUGUAGUAUUUGGAGGAGUCGGCGGUCCAGGUCACUUGGGGCUCGUCUUUGACCUCCGAAGGGGUGAGCUCUUCGCCGAGAUGGACCUUUUUGCCAUUGGGGUAGGUGACGAAGAGAUGGGCGUGGGGGGCGUCUCCGAGGAUUUGGGGAACUAUGCCGUCGGACUCCAUGUGCUAAAAUCGAUUAAUUUUAAAACUCAUUAAAGCAGAAAUUAUAAAAAAUUAAGUUUGUACCUUUUUAAUCUGAGCGUGAUGGUCAUGAGUUGAAACAAUUGCAACUAAAGUAGAUAUGAUAUUUAAAAGUAAGCAUUUUGUCACCAUUUUACUACUAAGAACUUAUUUUCUUUAUAACUCUAAAGGUGUUGCAGAAAUCAUAAUGAAAGUAGUUGUCUUUGGUUAAGGUCAAAAUACGUGACUUGAGUUUAUUGAACUUUGGCAAUAUCUUAAAGAUUAGAAAUUAUAAAUCCUUUUAGAUUUUUACUGUUUCAGGUCAAGAAUUUUAUCAUAAUUGUACCUAAAACAUCCUUACUGUCAUUUUAUUUAUUUUAAACCAUGU